UCACUCAGUUGAAUGUAUCUACCUAGUUUCGCUUCUCGCUCAAGCGAGCUGCAGCCGACGUCAGUGGCUUUGCCCUCAUAGUUUUCACAGCUAUCCUUUGCUCUGACAUUUGAAGUAGAUAACGCGCGCCUACAAGUCUGCGGAAGCCGCUGCCGGCGCGGCAAUUAGAAGCCGAGCAGUCUUCGUGUUAUUCAACGAUGUCCACUCGCAAGCAAUAUGCUUGCGAUUUAGCUUGUAGACUAGUUCAGGACCAGUAUGGUGACGCCGUCGGGAAAGUCUUCAAGCUGCUGGUCUCGAAGGGCCAGCUGCAGCUCGGCGACAUCGUGCGCGGCACAAGCAUGAACCCCAACAUUGUGAAGCAGGCACUGCUCAUCCUCAUCCAGCAGAACUGCAUCAACUCCUAUCUGCAGCCCGGCGAGGAGACGCUGCGCGGCCCCCGCCCCAGCUUCUACCUGUACGAGGCCAACACGGACCGAGUGCUGCAGAUCAUCCGGCACCCGCGCUUCCUGCUGCACAUCAAGGACGAGGCGGGCGAGGUGGCGGAGGCGGUCAUCGCGCAGCUGCUGCAGGAGGGGCGUUUGCGCAUGGACCAGGUGUUGGGCAGUGUGGCGGCGCGGCUGGGCAAGGCCCUGGACAAGGAGACGCGCGACAGCAUCAGCAACACCUUCAUCAGCCUGGUGCAGGCGCACUACGUGGAGCGGUCGCCGCCUUGCAGCCUGCCGCCGCCCGCGGUGCGGCCGCACCCCAACAGCGUGCGUACACGCAAGGCCAAGUCAGCCGCCAGCAACACGGAGGGCUACGCGGCCGAUCAGGCGGCGGCCCUCAAGUCCUUCGAGGAGCUCAGCUUCGAGAAGCAGAGGUUCAAGGUGCCCGCCGAGCUGGCUCUGGAGAUGUUCAUGUCGGACGUACCCGCGGCGGCAGCGGCGGCGGCGGCUGACGGCGCUGCGAAUGGAGGCGGCAGCGGCGAGGGCAGUGGCGACGAGGAGGGGGAUGAGCGCGCGGCCUCACCGGACGCGAAGAUGGAGGACGCGGAUGGGGCGGGCGAAAGCGCGGGCGGCAGUGGCGCGGGCGGCAGUGGCGCGGGCGGAGGUCGUGGCAGGAAGAAGCGCGCGGCCCCGGACGACGACGACGAGCUGGCCAUCAAGAUCACGGCGCCGGCCAAGAAGGCCAAGAUGCGUGCCGGCACGGCGCGCCCCGACGUGUCUGCGUCGCCUGGGUCCCAGAGCCCCACCCGCACCACCGGCGGCGGCGCGGGGGCGGGCCGCGCCGCCUCUCCCGGCUCCCCCGUGGCCGAGCCGGCGGUGGUGCUGUGGCGCGUCAACAACGACGAGUUCAACCGGCGCUUCAGGCACCAGGCCAUUGUGGGUCUGGUCCGCGAGAAGUUCGAUGAGGACGCGGCGGGCGUGGUCAGUGCCAUGCUGGCGGCGGGCAGGCCCUUCGAGAGCUCCGUCAAGGAGGAGCGCAGUGUGCAGCUGAGCGAGGACGAGGUGGAGGCCACUGCACACAAGCUAGCCAACGCGGGCAUCAUCCCCAGCAUGGCGGGUGUGUCGGUGUCGGGCGUGUUGCGCACCCUGGCCAACGACGGGUUCGAGAUGUUCACACACGUGGGCACCGGGCCGCAGGGCAGCGCCUCUUACGUGGUCAACUCCCAGCGCGUGAUCGACCUCAUCAUGCUGAAGCAGACGGAGGCGGUGGUGAAGGCGCGGUUCGACGUGGCGGGGCUGCGCGUGUUCCGGCUGUUGGCGCUGCGGGGGCAGCUGGAGCAGAAGCAGAUCGCUGACCUGGCCAUGCUGCCCGCCAAGGACACGCGCGAGCUGCUGUACCUCAUGCUGCAGGGCGGCUUCGUCAUGCUGCAGGACAUACCCAAGACCGCCGACCGCGCCCCCAGCCGCACCUUCUACACCUGGCGCGUCAACAUGACCUCGCUCUCCGACUCCACCGCCGCGCAGUUGUACCGCUCCGCCGGCCGCGUUUGGCAGCGACUCCAGUUCGAGACGGAGAAGGAGAAGGACCUGGUGGCGCUAAUCGAGAGCGCCAAGGAGACACGCACCGUCAACUUCAACUUGACCACCGCGCAGCGCCAAGCGGUUGCCCGGCUGAAGCGCGUUAACGAGGUUAUGGAGACCAGCCUGGCGCACCUUGACCAGAUGAUCGCGGUAUUCAACGACUUUUAGUUAAAUUGCUUCUAGAGCUGCUGUACAGAUUUCUGCUUCUGUAUACAGUAGCUUCUGUGGCUUGCGGUUGUGCUUUGCUAGGUAGUUGAGUCAGCUCCGCUGUUGCCGUUGCCGGUUUCUGUUUUUUAUGGGUUCCAGCAUAUCUGGCGCAAUGUGUGUGUGGAGCUGGAUGUCGUUGUCGGGAUGCAGAGUUCAAGGCGGCACGGCCCUGGCAGGUGGAGAUAGCAGGGAGGUGGCAGGGCGGGGGCAGGGUGGUGGCGGGGUUUCCGCGUUUUCAGCCCCCCCUGCCGGGGGCUGUGUUGGUGGAACCCUGCCGUGCCAUGCCUGAUACCACCCCUGUGCAAGCAUGGUCGCCUUUUGGGGGUGCGGUGCUCCCGCUGUGGCGGACUCUGAAAGAUUGCUGGAUCCUGCCUGACUCCGUCCUGGUCGGUGGGUGUGGUCCCUUGAUCAUGUCCCUAUCCUUAGGAUACCGGUGAUGCAAAUUAGCAUACUGGUGUCAAAAACGUAUUGACCAACCACUUAGAGGGAACGUCCUUGUUCUGUUGUAAAACGUUUGCCGAUCGGGAGCCCAAGGAAGGUCGGAAACCAACGGACAGAUAUAUGGACAUGUAGCAUAGUGUGUAACUACAUGUUAUG